AUGUAUAAUCUUUUCACUCUCCUCUAUAUCCUCGUCCUGUCUCAUCUAGUCUCGACGGUCGCUAUCCCCGUCAACGAACCAAUUGCGAAGUUAAGCAAUGCCGAUCGACUAAAACGAGGGCUUCCAAUCGCUUCACCUAUGGUUCCUUUCAACGCCACGAGAGCACAAGCCGCCCUUGCCAAAAGGUCAACAGCGCCUCAAAUCGCGUAUCUUCAAGGUACACCUACAGAAGCCGGCCGUAAACGUGCGGGUACUCCCUAUGAAACGACGUCUUAUAUGUAUUACGACUCUGCGUCGGGGUUAUUCCGCUUGACUACAACCACCAGUAUGGCAUCUCCCGUCAUCGUCACUACUUAUGGCACUCAACAAUUAUUGUACUACCAAGUCGGAUCGUCCAUGUAUCCCAUAUGCGCGUCCACGUGGAAACAAGGUGAUGCCAAUAAUAUGGAGGCGGACCAAUCAGGAGGUUCAGCUUCAUUCGUAUUGAGUCUUUGUCCAAACCCUCAAACCGUCGCACAAGCCUACGGUUCAAACACUCAACAACCUAUCUGGACUAUACCCCCUUUGAACACUUGGCCCGCUCCAGCUGGCUUCACUUAUUACAACGCCGAUAUGACGACAACUCAAGCUUCUUCUUUUUUCGCAUUCGACGAAUACGCAUAUACGUAUCUCCUCGGCGGAGCAUUAUCAGGUAGCGAUUUUGGAGCCAACAGCUACGUUCCGUUGAUGUCGCUUCAAUUCAUCGCCCAACUCCCGACUUGA